AGUGUUGGAGGGUCCAGGGGGGCUGGGAGGGACCCUGGGAACGUCCCAUUUGCCCCGUCGGCAUGAAGACGCUGUUGUAACUCAACGUCACGUCCCCCAAUGCCGUGGUGCUGCAGAACGGGGCCCUCGAGGUCAUGUGCGAGGCCGCUCCCCCCGGCAUCGAGGUGCUGCUGUGGGACUGGGAAAGCUCUGUCCUGGCGCCUGGCGGCCGGGUGGAAAAGCAGCCGCUGAUGGUGCGGGGGUCGGCCGGGGUGACGCCAGUAACUACACUUGCGAGGUCAGCGCAGCGCAGAGCAAGGGGGUCAGCAUGACCGUGAUCUGUGAGUAUUGGCUGUCCCCGGCCCUGGCUGGCUGUGGGGUGGGCGUCGGGUCGAGUAUCACACCCUGGGAUGUGGCUUGCUCUGGGGUGGGCAGCAGGGACACAGACACAAGGGCGUGUGCUGCAGUCGUACGCAAACCUGAGAUGCAUACGUGCCUGUGCCGUGCCUUGCUUGCCUAUGCCAGUACGUGCACUGCUGUGUCCCUGUCACCAGGGGCACCAGUGGCACAGGGGCUGCGGGUCUGGAGUUGGGCAAGAGGGGGCGGGGGCUGGCGAGGGGCUGCCCUGGAGCUGGAGGAAGCCCGGCCCCAGAGCAGGAGCACAGCGGCCACCCGCCCCAUGGUGCUAAGCCUGGGCAGGUGUGCAGACACUAUACAGGUGCCACUGCUGCUCCGUGGGACCCAGGCAUCUGGGCACACCUGACAGGCCAUGGGGGGCCUGCGUGGGACCCACAGCCCCCCCGCAUGUGGUGGGCAGUGGCUGGGGCUGCUGCUGUCAGCUGCCAUCCUGGGCUCCUGCCCCACCCCAGCAUUAGCUCAGACCCAGAUCAUCGUCACCCCAGACCUGCCUCCAGCCCCCGUGGUGGGGGGAACCGUGACCUUGACCCCCCAGCCGCCGCCACCUCCCAAUGCCACGUUAUGCGGCUGGCUCCGCCAGAGCCGCACCAUCUUCUGGCACCUCUUGGACCAGGAGCAACCAAGCACAGGCAGCAGCUACACAGGGCGUGAGGUGCUGGGGCCUGGCUGCUCGCUCAUCAUCGUGGGUCUCAUGCUGAACUACAGUGGUUCCUACACUCUGCAGGUGCAAGGCCCCGGGGUCUUCAUCUUUCGUGGGGUGAACCUGAGGGUGUACGGGAAGCUGGCACGGCCCACGGUGAUGAGCCGCAGGACCACGGUGCCGGAGAACGGGAUCCUCGAACUCUUUGGCGAGCGCCCACCCAGCACCAGGACGCUGCUUUGGUACCGUGAUGGCACUGUCCUCCGCCUCGAUGGCCAUGUGGAGAUGUCCCCAGGGAACCUCUCGCUGCUGCUGGCGCGGGUCCGGCGGGAUGAUGCUGGCAACUAUACAUGUGAGGUCAGGAACCCCAUCAGCACAGCACGGAGCGAGCCCGUCACCGUCACUGUGACCUACGGUCCAGAUGCUGCUUUCAUGAACCCAUCUGGGCUCCUGUCCCUGCGGCUUGGUGACAAAGUGACCCUGAGGUGUGCAGCUGACUCGGUCCCGGCCCCGCAGUUCAGCUGGUCCCACAGUGGCUCUGACCUGAUCCCGGCCCCGGCUGGUGCUGUCUUGAGCCUGGUGCUGACAAGUGCAGAGCAGGCGGGUGUCUACGAGUGCCACGUGACAAACCCCAGUACUGGACAGAAUGCCACUGCCUCCGUCUCCAUCACCCUGCGGCUGGGUCAGGGGCCAGUCCAGAGCCAGCCGGGGCAGACAGGGGGUCUGCAGGGUGGGGCCAUCACCAGAGCUGUUGACGCUGGCAUCAUCAUCGGGUCGCUGGCAGGGACAGGGCUGCUCAUCUUUGUGCUUUACUAUGUCCUCUGCACCCAGGGCAAGAGGGACCCGCGGUUGGAGAAAGACCCUGUGGCGCAGCAAGGAGCACCCUGCCCUGCAGGUGUACAGGAACAACCCCCCCUCCAGCCUGUGCGGGGCCAGCAGGUCUCUGGUGCUAAUGACCCUCUCGCCACCGUCUCUGCCCAGAUCCAGCCCGGGAGCUCCCCCGACCCCACCUACCAGAUGUUGCAGCCCGGAGCCCCGGACCUGUACCAGGAGCUGAGGACCUGAGCGAUGCCUCCCCUGGCCCAGUGCAUGCUGGGAGCCCCAGUGCACAUGCCCCCACCCGCCCCCACUGCAGCCAAAUAAAACGUCCCUUUUUCUGCUUCCUUGGGCCCUGACUCUGUUUGGCCCUCCCAGGGUCAAAGAUCAGGGAUGGGUGUACCCCACCAUGACUUUGACUGCCAUGGAAAUGGGGCAUCAGGGGCCAGAAGGCAUCUCUGCCACCUCCCCUCCCUGGGCAAGGAGCAAAUCCAGGUCCAGACCCCCAGCUCCUACCGCGCCCCGACCAAGAGUCCAGGGAGAACCCAGGCAUCCGGACAGAUCCAGUAAGAUGGGAGCAUGUGUGGGGAACAGGGUUUAAUUUGGAUUAUCCCAGGGUGGGGGGCAGCACAGAGUGGUUGGGGGCUCAGGGGGUCUGAGGUCAGUGCUGGAUUUGUGUGGACAUAGACCUCACCUGCUCGAUGGGCUCCUCAUCACCUGGGGGAUUUGGGGGCAUUGGACGCAGGUGCCUGGGCUCCCAGUGCCCCCCGAAGCUGAGGAUGAACCCAGGUGUCCAGGCUCCCAGCAUCCCUGCUCUCAGCACUCCCCUCCAGGACCCCAGGCUUGUCCCAGAGCCAGAGAGAAGCCAGGCAUCUGGUGUCCUGGUUGCCCAGGUCACAGAGAACCCAGGCACAUCCAUGAUGUCAGACACAGCAUGUGUGCAUAUCCGUGUGUACGCACAUAUGUCUAGUGCCAGGGCAGGGCACACUUUGUGUGUGUGUGUGUGAGGGUGCCAGGGCAGGCAAGAGCUGCCCGGUGGUAAUUGCCCCCUAGCAAUGGUGGGGGGAGGUGUCCCCUGCCCCCCCCCCCCCCAGCUCUGUCCAAGGACAGAUGGGGAAGGGGGGUGGUUGUGCUAUGUGUGAUAAAGAAAAGAAAGAAAAAAUGACCAAACGCCAAACGUAGGAGCAAGUCGUGCUCAUGGUAUGGGGGAGGCGAUGGGCACGGCCUGAUAGCGGCGGUCCCGGCCCGCACUGAUUGGCAGGGGGCGGGCGGAUGCUGCCCGUUUAAAAGAAAAAGCGCGCGCCAAAAAGGGGGGACCCGCACAAUAUCGGAGAGGCCUGAUCACCCUCACUGGAGGUCCUGCGUCCACGAAAUUCCUUCCCCCCGGACGCCCCCAUCACGACUGGGUAUACCAACCGAACGUGUUUAGAGCUCUCGAGUCACCAGCGAGUUUAAUGGUGAAACAGCUGUCAAGAAGUUUUUUUUUUCUGCAUAAACUGUGAGUAAAGCAUUUACUUAUC